UUCCUAUUCUUAUUCCUCAGUUUAAGCUAGCAAUGGGAAUAAGAAAGGCUAGGUAGCUGGCUUUCUUGGGAUUGCUCGCUGGCUGACUAUGACGAUUGCCCUCACUCGAAAGCCGCUUCCAAUAAUUCCAAUAAGAUUGUUUUCAACAUUCCCCCCCCGCCAUUAGAGUUGGGCUUAUGGUUGAGCCUCUUAUUGCGUAGUCCGCUUUUCUUUUUAAGAAAGCAAAGAGGCGAGCUUUAAGACGUUCUUUGAUCCUUGUUGUUCGGGUUGGGACUCCAGUCCUCGUCCUCCCUUGCUUGCCAGCACACCUGAAGGAAAGGAAACCAGUAUAACACAAACAAAGGAACCGCAAUUCACCACAAGCAAUCAACGAUUCCAAAUUACAAAAGAACGGGGCAUAGGAUAUAGAGGCGGAGUCUUGGCUGUAGUUAAUGGGAGGACUAAGAGUAGCAGUAGGAAUAAGAAAAGGAAAGCAGUAGAGAAUAGAAAGCGUCUUGUCAGAGCAUAUGUAGCUUCUUAUAUAGGAGUUGGAGCAGGAAGACGAGUAGGAGCUCUUGUUCGUUCGCUUGUUAGCUAGUCUUUCCUCGCAAGCCACCAAGCCUUAUCUUCGUCUUUGAACUCAAGCCUUCCCUUCGAUCGAGUUCUCCAUUUUUCUUUUUUAUUCAUUUGUCACAUAUAGGUAUAGGCGAAUAAAAGAUAACGAUUUUCGAAGCUGUGCUAAUAGUGGUCAAGAAUAAGGUAAGAAGAGGUUUUAAUCAAAAAUACGGGUAAGUUUUCCAUUUUCCAAUGUUCGACCAAUCACUCGUCUAGGGCAAUAGAGGGAGAAUGCUCUUGAUUUACUUUGUCACUAUACGAACACAAUGUGAAUUGCCUCAAAGAUGGUCAAGCUUUUUACUCGCCUCGCACCGGAAAGCAAGCAGCAACUAAGGGAAUAGGGAAUAGGUCCUGUUUUUUGGAAGGAACAAUCUUUGAAAGAACUAAAAAUAAGAGCAUUUCCUCCUCGGCAAGUAGAAGUUACCUCAGCCAGCCGGCUACUUCUUUUCUUCGAGUAGAGUUCUAGUUGCUAUAAGAAAAUUAUCCCAUUGAUUUGUGAGUUCGUUCCAGUGGACUAUAUAAACAUGCAUAGCUUUGCCUUAUGAGGGACCCUAUUAUGGGCUUCUUAGUUGCUUUGCUUAUGCCAGCUAGCUUUUGUAGGCUUGUUAGCUUCGCAAGCUCUGCUCUGGAAGCAGCUUAUGCCUAUGUCAGCGGGUUAGGAAGGUGGCAAGCCCAAUCACUUGCUGAGACAAGCUCUCCUCCUAUUUCUGCACUGCUUCCGGUUGAUGGCUAUUAUGCCUCUUCCUGCUUUUUUGACUUCUUUGACUCGUCUUCCAGCUCAAACUCAAACGCAUAAGCCAAGACUCCUAUUUCGGGUAGUGUUUUUUAUAGUCCUUUGCUCUUUACAAACCCCUGACUCGUUCAUUCACUCGCUUGGAUUCAGUCUCGUUCGGUUGUUGAUUAGUUCAUCGGUGGUUGGUUGCAUCAGUUGAUUCACUCCUUCCUCAGCAUUCGUCGAUUGGUGGCGUGGGAAAGGGGCAUUCGAUCACGGGCAAAGAUGUCGAUGCAACUCAUUAUGCAAGUUAUGAAUUCAAGGUAGAGGGGUUGCCUGAUUCACCAGUCUUUCCUCCAGACUCAUCGGUAGGGUGAUGCUAAACUAUCUUCUAAGGGUUGAUACUAUUACAUAGGCUUGGGGCUCCCAUGCUUUCCCACGGGUAUCUUUCAGUUUGUCGGCUCCUCUUAUUCUCAGCACAUAGGGGGAUUCUCCAUCCAUUUAUCUUUCUAUUCCUUUCCCUCAUUCCAAUCUUGGGGCGUACUACCAUGAUUCCUUUCCCAGUGUCUUUAUUCCCCCCUCAUCCGAGGCUCAGACUUCACCCCCAUCCCCUUUUCUAUUUUUUUAUAUCAAUAGGGAGCUCAUCCAUCCUUCCUGCCAUAAGCUGAUGAUCUCCUAGCGCGAAAGCCAUUGAUCGAUAGUUAUACAAGGCGAUCGGGGAUCCCUACAGAAGAUAGCUUUCAGAAGCCCGAUGCUUAAACUCAAAUUGCGCGAUGAACUCAUCAGAUGAACUACUACAGGAAAGAAGACCAAUUCGACCGAAGACCCUAGAGACCGUUACAAGACAGCUCGACCGGGAAGUAGCAUAUCUUUCAAGAAAAAAAUUCAGUUACAAGGUAUUCGCCCUAAUUGAAUAAAAGAAGGGAAGCGUAUUCGUGGACAGAUGAGCGUUUGUUACCGUUUACAAGAGUCAAUACCGAAACAGACAAUUCCAGAUGCCCUCAGACAGAUGCCACUAAAAAGCCGAUUCUCGCAUGUUUUUAGAGGCCGUACUUGACCCAUCCGACCCCUUAAACUCGCGAUUUCGCAAAUAAAAUAGACCAUUCCGGACCUUUUCCUCAUGUCGCUACCAGCUACAGAUCAGAUAUGACCGGUUGAAGAAAGAAGAAAAGAUCGAUGAACGAUUAAGCGAGACUUUGCCUUAGAGAUCAAUGAAAUGCGACCGAGAAGCUUUAUUACAAUUACACAAAAGUUUGAUGAGGACCUCUUGCUUCUGCUUCCCUGCUUACUUUUGCUAUCACCUCAACUGCCUUUCUACCUGCUUACUUAGAAUGAAGAUCAAUAAUGGGCGGAAAGGCUUUACACAAGACCACAGAGCGAGAGAGAGAGCCUUCACUUACCUGCUUAACCGUGCCCUCCUAUCGUACCUAUAUCCCCUUUCCUUCAGUUACAUCCAGUCUCAGUUCUGCUUCCAACUACUGAUGGGAGAAGGCUUGGACGUAUGGCAUACGGGAAUGGUAUAUGAAAUGAAAGGCUGGAAACAGAGCUGGAGAUGAGCGCUAGCCAAUGGUUAAUACUUUAGAAAGCACCUUAGCAAUUACCAGUAAUGCCCCUAUCGACCUCAGUCUUGUUUUUUGCUAGCUUGAGUCUAGAACUUUACUAUCUCAUUAAACGCCGAAUAUCCAUAUAUAUAUUUAUAUAUUUAUUUGAUUUAUGGAAGAUAGUCGGCCUACUUCUAGCUGUUCCAGCGAUUAUGCCCGUUCUAGCUCUACCAUCCACCCCUAUCAUCAUAAUAGAAAGGGGUACUUUCGGGCUGAUCUGUGAUGGGUUAAGGCGACCGAGAGGACACAUACCUCCUCCAUAUUCCUUAAAUGGGCAAGACUCGGAUAUUGCAUGCGAUAAGUAUAAUAGUUUACUGAACGACUACUUAGAUCUUGAUUGAUUUGGAUGCAAUGGAAUUUUGUCAAAUUACUCCAAAAAAAGCCAUCCCAUGAGUAUACAUGACCCCACUACCCGUAUAAAGCGUACAUCUCUGCUCAGGGAGUAGGUCAAAGCUUUUUAUAAGAAAAGUAAAAAGCUGGAAUCCGAGAAGACAAGACCCCCUAAGAGCGUCUUGUAAACCCAUUAUUCGAUCUGGAGAUCCCAGCAAGGCUGCCGGAGACAUCCCUGGCUUUAGUGAUGUCUCUUGCAAAGAAGAAUUCGUAGAGAUUUUCCCAGAAUCCCAGUCCAGCCUACCCGACUGAUAUAAUCUAGAAUCCACUCUCCGCCCUUAUUAGUAGUAGGCGAAUAGUGACCCUAUUUGUAUGCGCAUUCACACGACGGGCACGUUCCAAGAUCUCCCGCAACGAGAACCUAACACAUGGUUUAUUGAUAGUAAGCUGAUUAAAUUAAAUAAAUGGAUCAUAGGUUGGUUGAAUAUUGAGUUCCGCUUAGGCUACCUGUUCUGUUCACGCGCUACUAAGCCGCACACAGGAUCUUAGACGGGUUUCGUCCCCUUUCGGGAACACCUUCUUACUAGUAGGUAGGGGCUAAGCCUGAUGCAAAUAUACCAAAAAAGAAGAUAUCUAGGGUCGAUUCUACGAAGAGUAGAUUCGCCCCUUAUGUUAUGGCUCGUCUCGCGCUUAGUCACUCGCGGGAUUCGGAUAGGGGAGCAGCAAGUCUUUUCUGAAAAAACUCGCAGUUCUCCCCCUUAUCUAAAAUCUAAUAAAAAUAUAUAUAUAUAUAUUUUUAUUAGAUACUAACUCUUUGGUUGGAUUGGACAGGGACUUCUAUAAAGAUCUUUCCACUCAUUCAUCAUACUCAAAGUCGAAGUCACGGCAUGGGGGGCUCGGAAAAAUAACGAGAAUCAGUGUUGUGGUGGUGCUACGAGAUGGCGAUUUAUCGUAUAGAAGAAUAGAUCCGCGGCGGACCUAUUGAUUGACCAUAGAUGCGAACCGAUCGACUGCUAUCUAAGAGAAGAUAAGUAGUUCUUCUAUCGUUCAAGGGCGCGGGGAGAACAUGUAGCGGCUUGCCUAGAUCUCGUAUUUCCCACGUAGUCCGUCGGUCAAACCAACGAUUCUCUUCUCAAAGUAAAGUAAUAGAGAGAUUCUUUUUCUUUUUCUGGUAUGUAGCUCCGCGAGCAAGGAGCGCAUCAUCGGGGCAGGGCGAAAACGAACAUAGGAUCAUCAUCAUGGCCCUUUUCUUGUUUCUUUUGUUUGUGCCCGGUCCGUUGUGUGUGUGUGUUUUUAAGGCUUAUCCGGGGGCUGCUGCUCUGGGGCAUCCAAUUCCUCUUCUUUCUUUUGCUGCUGAUCUCACAUCGAGAGCAGCUCCUUCUUGUUCAGGGUCAUCAGAUGAGAGAUUUUCCUCUGAUUUCCGAGAAAUCGGUCAAGCGGGGGGCUACCCUCGACUCACCUCUCUAUCUAUAAAAACCCCUCCCCCGAGGAGAGGGCUCGUAAUGAUCUUCUCAAAGAUCACAAGGUCCUGAAGUGGCAGGAUAGGGGGGGGGAGGAUCCGUAGGUUUUUGUGAAAGGGAUGCUCUUAUCAUGGUAUUGCUGAAAAGAAAAACCGAAUUCCUCUAUUUGAUGUCGAUUCAUCCACACUUCCAUUCCUUGUAGGGGAAGGCUAACUGCUUGCUGGCUGGGAGCUGUAUGAGCGGUAACGUCCACGUGCGGCUCCGUGAGAAGGGCGGUGGACAGAAAUGGCCUUGUUGUACCUC